AACAAUAAUGUGUUUCUAUAUAAUUUUUAAUUCAGAAACCGCAUUCUGAAGACUUGCCAUGCAUGAUGCAAUUUUCUGCAAUAGUUGGGAGAAAUUUAUUCGAAACCCACACAUAUACAGAACAAACGUGCUAGUGGCAAAUAAUUGUCUAUGGUUCCCAUAAAUUAUUCGCAAGCUUUUCCUAUAGUGCAGAUAUGCGGUCGGCCCAAAUGCUUUCCGAUUUUUGUCCCGGCACUUCUCAUUAUGCUAUUUUUUUACCACUCUACUACCUCGAACUAGUUAGUGAAGAUAAAAGUGCGCCUUGAUAGUUUAUGCUACGAUUUCUUUCAUGUUACAUAAUCCGCGCUGCGGACCGGCCUGACGCGAUGCAAGGGCGUUUGAGGAUUGGCGCGGAAGAGAGUGAGUGGAUCAGAAUUGUGCGCUCCAGUUUUCUGCAUUGCUGCACAAACGCACAGACAAGUACUGAGCACUUUCCAAUUGCCCCUAUUCUGCCCAAUGUUUUUCAUUUAAAUUAAUAAUAAAUGCAACGGAACGAAACAUGCCCCAGCCGUACGAUUUUUUCGUUCUGAUCCCAAAGUGAACGUUGCUAUGACUAUAUAAAUGGACCUGGCCACUCUGAUUAGUCAGUGAUCAAACGACAGCUCAAACAAAUACACCAAACUACCCUAAAACACAUACAACAUGUUCACUAAAGUAAUUCUUCUUGUUGUCUUAGCGGCUUCAGCCUAUUCGAUAGAGUACGGUGCGCAGUCUUACUCAUCUAUAAGCUCUCAUGGUUUGGGAGGCGGCAUUGGGGGUAUUCAUGGAGGCGGAUAUGGUGGUGCCAUCUUAACAGCCGCCCCAGUAGCCUAUGCAAAAGCAGAACCCGUAAUCGACUACUAUGCUCCGCCUAAAUAUGCCUUCAAAUAUGGAGUUGAGGAUCCGAAGACUGGUGACAAGAAAGAACAGUCCGAGGAACGCGUCGGAGAUGUUGUAAAGGGACAAUACUCCCUUGUGGAACCCGAUGGUACCAUCCGUACUGUCAAGUAUGUGGCUGAUAAGGUGAACGGAUUCAAUGCCGAGGUGAUUAGAUCCGGUCACGCUGUCCACCCGCAGAUCGUCCAGAAAGUUAUCGCUGUGCCCAAAGCCUAUUCUAUUGGAGUUGGCGCAUAUGGUACUGGAUCUUACCACUAAAAUAUUGCAACCAAAAAUACCAUCAUCAUGUAAUCAUCAAGUCAUCGACAUUCCAUCUCACAUACAACCAUUCAUCUCUCUCACCCUAUAUUAUAUUAUGUUAUAUUCGCCAUUUUGUGUGACAUGUUUAUUUUGUAAAGGUUCUUAUACUAUAUUUACCUUAUCACUAUGUGUACAUACUCUAGUUAUGUUUUCUUAAAUAUUUUAUUGAAUUAAUAUUGAAUUCAAGAUACAACUUCUCUUUU